AUGUCAAACGUAACGGUCUGCGUACGCUUCAGGCCUUUGAGCUCAAAGGAGAAAAAAGAUCUCGGUGACAAUAUCUGUAUUCAAAGCAUGGACUCCGAAACCGUCAUCAUCAAGGAUGAGAAGGAAGAAGGUUUUGCGUUUAGCUUUGAUAAGGUUUUUUAUGAGGAAUCUAAGCAAGCCGAUGUCUAUGAGUUUCUUGUUCUUCCAAUUGUCCGUGAUACUGUCAAUUCUAUAAAUGGAACAAUCAUCACUUAUGGACAGACUGGGGCAGGGAAGACAUAUAGUAUGGAGGGACCAAACAUCUUGGAAUCUGAUGAAAAGAAGAAAGGGAUACUUCCAAGAGUGGUGGACGGACUGUUUGCGUGUAUCAAAACUUCUGCUGACUCAACAAAGUACACCGUCAAGUUGUCAAUGGUGGAGAUCUAUAUGGAGAGGGUUAGGGACCUUUUUGAUUUAUCAAAGGACAAUAUUCAGAUUAAGGAAAGCAAAACACAAGGAAUAGUGUUAUCCGGAGCAACAGAGAUCUCUCUUUCGGACACAGCCGAAGCAUUGCAAAGCCUAUCUAGUGGGAUAGCUAACAGAGCAAUUGGAGAGACCCAAAUGAACAUGGCAAGCAGCAGGAGUCAUUGCGUUUACAUGUUCACACUCAACCAAGAAUCAAUUUCAGAAAAGAGGGUGAAAUCUGGGAAGUUGAUUCUUGUGGACCUAGCCGGGUCAGAGAAAGUAGAGAAAACCGGGGCUGAAGGAAGAGUUCUUGAGGAAGCUAAAACAAUCAAUAAAUCCCUCUCAGCGUUAGGGAAUGUGAUCAAUGCUCUGACAUGUGGUUCACCAGCAAAAGCAAACCAUAUUCCUUAUCGUGAUUCCAAGCUCACUCGAAUGUUGCAGGAUGCUCUUGGUGGGAACUCUCGCACUGCAUUGCUUUGUUGUUGCUCACCAAGUCAUUCAAAUGCAUCCGAGAGCCUGUCCACUCUUCGUUUUGGUGCAAGGGCAAAGCAUAUAAAGACAUCACCACUUGUUAAGGUUAGUGAAGAGAAAUGUUCUAAGAAGAAUGGAGAUGCUUCUGGUACCAGAGAUGAGUCAUUUGAGAAAAUUCUAGAAAAGAUGAGUGAGAGACUUAAUGACGAAGAUAUAAAGUUACUUGAGGAAUUAUUCAUUCAGGCGGGACUAUUUGUAGAUCCUGAUUCAGAAGAAGACUUGGAAUCAGCCAUUCAAGAUGUUGUUCAACAAACCAUUUCUUCAUUGAUGAAAGCUGUGGAAGAGCUCAGAUCUACUGUUGAGAUGCUUCAGAGAGAGAACAAUGCCAUGAAGGGAAGGCUUGCUGUUGCUGAAAGAUGUGACGCUUUGCCUGGAGAAAAUGCAGAUUUUCUUCAGAAGAUUUUUGGCUUUCUCAGCUCCUUUAUUCCUGGAAUGUAGAGAUGAAACUUUAUUCCACUCCAUGAUGCUGGUUUACAGGUAUUGAUAAUAGAAUCCAAAUAAACACUAUCCAUAUUUUGAACUACUUCAAUUCCUUUGAGCAAAAAUCAUAUCUCCAUAACCAAGAUAAUGAGAAGGUUAGAUGUAAAUGCUGAGCACCUAUAAGGUUUUACUGUUUCUUUAGAAGGAAUGAAAUCACUGUCUCCAUAGAGCAUGGUUUCCUGAGUGACAUGCAAAUUCAGAAUAAAUUGCCAUGAUAUGUAGUUAGUCAUGAGUUCUAUCAUUUAGCAGUUAUAAUUGUAGGUCUCAUGGAAUUCAAACAGAAACAGGAGAAUAUCGAACGCAGAGUAAGGGCCGAUAGUUCCUUUUUUGUUGAUAUUUUGGGUAGUAACUUUUUGGUAUAAGAACAUUGUAAAUUCGUUGAUUCUUGUCUAGUAGCAAUUCCUUCAGUUGAAACUGGAGAAAUAGAAAUGGCA